UAUUCACUGAGAAAUAAAGAAUAUUUAUUUUAUAUAUCCACCGAGACGGCACUAAAAGAAAAAAUAAAAAAUAGAAACAAUUUUGAGAACCAGAAAUAAAGAAACGACGAAUCUUUCUAUACUACUGUGACACACCUUCCCGUUUGAAGAUCAAGAAACUGUCGUCCGCCGUACGCCGUCCGUUCCAUCACGCAAGCUUCAUUUCUUCCUCCUUCGUCACCGCCCCUCCACUCCUUCUUCCCUGGAAUAUAUCAUCAAAUUAGACAGGAUAUUAUGGCUGUACAAUCUGGGCCAGCUUCAUCAGAGAAGAAAUCAAGCAAUGGAGAGAAUGAGUUGCUGACUUUUAAUGCUGAGAAUAUGCAAAGCAACAUGAAAAUCAUCUAUUACAGCCGAACAUUUUUAUCUAUAAUUGGCGGAGUUGUUGCUGGUAUUUUGGGAUUUACAGGCUUGAAAGGAUUUGUCUUUUACUCGCUUCUCAUGGCAUUUACUUCACUUGGGCUCAUAGCCAAAGCAAAGUUUUCAAUCCACACAUACUUUGAUUCCUGGAACCGUGUGCUAAUUGAUGGCUUUCUCGGUGGUCUAAUGUCGUUCGUGCUGUUCUGGACAUUUGCAUAUGACAUUGCUCAUAUAUUUUGACCGACGGAAUGUGCAAAUGUUUCUAGAGAAGGCAAAUUUUUCUCCACCAUUGCGGCUAUUCAGAAUGAAGUUACAACAAUACACCCUUCACUUACUAGAUAGCUUUCAUGAUGUUCCUGUUUUAAAACAAUGUAAACUAUACUUUCAUUAUCUUAUAUGUUCAUGUAGAAUUUAAUAUAGAACCACAAGUGGGAAGGACUCGAUGUCGUUGAGGUCUUGUUGUAGCAGUUCCAUUUUCCCCUAGGAUAUUCUUCUUGAACUUUAUCGUGAUAUAGAUUUCAAGUUGUCCAAAUUUAUUUCAUUAUUCUGUUGGCUUUA